UACCUCUCCAGAUCAGAUUGUUUGAGACAGAGGCAGCGGGGUGUGGAGACAGCGGCAAAAAGGAGACCGUGAACGUGCCGCGUGAGGAAAAGAGGAAACUGGCAGGUUACAGCGCACCUUUACAGGUCUACCUGAUGGCGACCAGUGACUGCUCCCCUGUUAUAUUUCGAAAAACAUUUGAUAACGCCUUCUACUUUCAAGUGGUAACAAAAGCAGAUAUAGGUUUGGAGUCCGACGCUUUUCAGGCCAGUGAACUGCCGAGUGAAAAAUGUUGGGUCCAAAGCAAAGACAACAAAACCCUGCUGUUAUUGAAUAAGGAGCACUUUGAAGCACAGAACCUGGACAGCGGUGAGCUGGGUCAACCUGACUGCCAUUUCAAAAUCAAGACUUUCAAUCAAGUCCCAGAGGAAAGUAAAGUGCCGGCAGCCAUGCUAUAUGUCACCGUAGACAAUGAGAACAUGGUGGUGUGCUGUGGGAAGGAGCAGAAAAUUUAUCCUGAGAAAAAGGAUAUUCCACAAGGAAUUGAUGGAAACAAGAGCAAGGAAAUAUUCUACAUGACCAAACUCGAAUCAUCCGGCUGUUAUGAGUUUGAGUCCUCUGAGUACCGAGGGUAUUACCUGGGAUUUCAGCCCGAUGCAAGUGAUCCUUCUUUCAUCCAACUGGUCUUGCAUCCUAAAUGUGGAGGUGAAGCGGUUGACGCUUGUGAGGAAAUGCCUGUUCUCAACCGUUUGACGACACAAAUCCAGUCACAGCAGGCUCGUGCAGGUCUUGUAUUGGUGUUUCUGGGAUUUGAGGACAGAAAAAAACUGUUUCGAUAAAGAAGCUCAAUUUUAUGGCUUUUUAUUAAUGUACACUGCCACCUUAUUUAUAUUAAAAGCACGCUAAAAAACUAGAGUUACCGUCUCGCAGUUGUAUGCCUCCGAAAACCAUUCAGGUUGAACUUACAGUUUACAUCCAUGUCAGUGAAAACAUGGAUGCUUCCCCAGCAGCGCACAAGAUCUAUACAAUCAGGACAGUUUUAAGUUCAGUGUCACCAAUUCACAAUAAUAUUUGUGAAAUCUGGUCAUAGUUAGUGUAUGAAUUCUUAUGGCACAGUGACCUUGACCUUUGACUUUUGACCACCAAAUUGCAAUGAGUUCAUUCUUAAGUCAAGUGGAUGUUUGUGCCAAAUUUGAGGAACUUCCAUCAAGGCCUUCAGGAGAUAUCACAUUCAAGAGAAUGCGACAUACGGGGUCACAGUGACCUUGACCUUUGACCACUAGAAUCUAAUUAGUUUGUUCUUGACUUCAGUUGGACGCUUGUGCCAAAUUUGAAGAAAUUCCUUGAUUGCCUUCUUGAGGUAUUGCAUCAACAAGAAUGAGACGUGUGUACGUACAGACAGACAGCAAAAACCUAAUACCUACGGCCAAAGCCAUCACCGGCCAAAGCCAUAAAAAUUCCUGGUGUGAAUCAAUUUAUUUUCAUUGUGAAUUGAAAAAUAGUCGGUGAGUCUUUCUGCUAAAUCUGGCCCACGGGCCGCAAGUUGAGUAUCACUGGUACAGUGUAUAAUUAAUGUAGGUUUAAUGGCACAAAGACACGUAAAUAAAGCCCUGUUUCCACCAAACACUUUCGGCAUUGUACCUCUGGAACCAAAGUAACCCUUGAGACAUGGUACUUAGACCUUAAUGUUUCCACCACAGACAGUCCUCUUAAAUGUUGGCGGGGUUGUUGUCACUCACUGCUCCGUCCAGCA